AUGGCAUUCCCAGACACCGGAAUUCUCCCCGCCACCAUCAAUCGCGAGAAGGAAAUGAACUCCCUUCCCGUUAAGGGACAUCCUGAGGGCGCACGGCUGUGGCAAUGGAUGGACGACGAGCCAUGCCCACGGGUUGGAAUUCAGGAGAUGAUAAGGAAUCCAUACCUUCUGGAUGGAGUUAUGGGGCUCAGUCUGCGGCGGGGGAAGAAUCCUGUGAUAGCGGCGGUGAAUGGAAUCGCCAUGGGCGGAGGGUUCGAAGCUGUUCUUAAUUGCGAUCUUGUGGUCUCGUCGCCCGAAGCGGAAUUCAGUCUCCCAGAGGUACAGCGCGGACUGUACGCUGGCGGUGGGGGUCUGGCCGCCAUCGUGUGGACGUGCGGCAUGCAAAUCGGUAGUGAACUGGCUUUGACCGGGCGACGGGCUUCAGCUGAAGAAAGGAAGAGGCUGGGAUGGAUCAAUGUUAUUGCAAUGUCCCCCAAGACCGUAGUGCCCGAGGCGAUUGAAAUGGCCAGAAUGAUUGCGAGCUACUCGCCGGAUGCUGUUAUUGCUACCCAUCUGGGCCUGCGAGAGUUAUCAGAACGCAAUGGUAUCAGAAACCUUACGGAGCGCACGACGCAGCAAUAUGGCAGGCGCUGA